CUCUUGAUCGAUCUAGCUAUUUACGUUAUGAGCAUGCUUCUUUAAUUAAGAUUCGAUCCCGGGAUCUCGCGAGAGGGUGGCACGACGACCCCCCCAAUUGUUGAAGAGCUAGCUAAAGCCAUUGCACAACUUGCAUUUGCUAGCUAGGCGCCAUUGAAAGAUUCAUCCAUAUCAUUAUCCUCAACUUGUGUUUAUUUACUAGUAUAAGUUUGCAACUUGUGUAGUUGACUCUCAUGUUGUCCCUUUUUUUCAUUUGUUUUUAAUGAUCUUAUCUUUCCAUUUUUGAAGCUAUAUAUAUAAGUUUACAAUAAUUAGUAUUUUGUGUUUUAGUUUUAGCUAGCAAGAAAAAUAUAUGAGGUAUAUAAAUAUAUUGAUUGAAUCAUAUAUAUGUUGGUUUUAUAGGGCUUAUUUUUGGUAAGAAAUAAAGAAAAAGAAUGGGGAGCAAUGUGAAUGAUUUGAGUCCAAAUAGUUUGGUGAAUGUGCUUGUUGAAGGGAGAGAUCUUACUAGGGAACUUCAGUUGGGUCUUGGCAACGAGACACACUCAUCUUCCAAUAAAGCAUAUGGAUUGAUGGCUAAAGACAUAUUGGCCAAAUUUGAAAGGUCAUUACAGAUCUUGCAAUAUGAUCCAAUGAACCAGUUUCAAUUUCAGCUGACAACUACUGCGACAAAUGACUCCCCUAAUUUCUUCAGUGGAAGCCCUAAAAGCCUAGAUUCUGACGGAGAGUUCAGAGAUCCAGCUGAAUACAAAGAUGACUCCAAAAAGAGAAGGGUUUCUCCUCGAAUUACACAAAGAGUGCAAGGUUCUACUAGCAGUGGGCUUGAAGGACCAAUUGAAGAUGGUUAUAAUUGGAGAAAAUAUGGACAAAAGGACAUUCUAGGAGCCAAUUUUCCAAGGGCAUAUUAUAGGUGUACUCAUAGAGUUUUCCAGGGGUGUUUGGCCACAAAGCAAGUGCAAAGAAGUGAUGAUGAUCCUAGCUUCUUUGAUGUCACUUAUCGGGGUAAACACACGUGUUCUCAGGCAGCUUCCUCCUCCUCCUCGUCCUCCCACCUUCAAAAUCCUACACCCAAAUCCGAACCUAUUGAAACCCUAAUCUACACUCCUCAUCAACAUCCACAUACUCAACAACAACCACAAAAAAUCAUAUGGGAUUUUAAAAGAGACAAUAAUAAUGUUGAAGACAUCAAACCUAUUAUUACCACUCAUAAUAAUAAUAUUAUCAACCUAAAAAAUAAAUGUCCUUCCUUUUCCUUCCCUUCAUCCUCUAAUCCAUUGCUACAUCAUGGUACUAAUAAUAACUUUGUUGGUCAAGGAAAUUUUCCUACAAAUUCAAGUACAUACACAACAUACCAAUCUUCUCAAAGUCUAUUAUUGAACCACAACUUCAAUGAUCAUAACAAUCAAAAUAAUAUUGAUGUUGAUCAUCCAUUACAAGGUGCUUUGAUUCAACAAAAUGGUGUCUAUCCAUCAUCUACCUCGGCUGCUAACUCCCCAACGAUUGCAUCGGAGCUUUCAUUUGAUAACCAAGGUGAAUUUGAUGAUGUUUUCAAUCUUGAAAACCCAAAUUAUUAUUAAUAGAACUUCGUAUUUGUUUAUGCACAUACAUUUUUCCAUGGACGACAAACAACAAUUAGUAGGCCGAGGUACGCUUUUUAAUUUGAGUAACGUAGCGAUGGAGUAGAUCGAAUGCAUUUGUUUUCUAGGUUUAGUUGAGUGAAUGAAAGGCCUCAAGAAAAAUUAGAUACUUCGUACUAGAUACUCCCUCCAUCUAGAAGUUUUUUAUUGUCUUUAUAUUGUGUAAUUUGAAGUAGUAACGUGACAAAUAGGUUUAGAUGGCGGUAGUAUUGGUAUAUGUGUCUACCUAUUUCCUUCAGUUUCAUGAUUUAAUUUCUAACAAUUUUGUUUAUGUGCCCACAUUUAUUUUUUUCCCCUUAUUUUUCAAUUCAAUAUUUGAUUAGAAAUGAUUUAUGUAUUCUUGCUCGGUAUGUAGUUCUUGUAAGUUGUAACACAAUAAUGAUUAUUAAAAAUUAAUUGGAAGUCGAAGGCUAUUUGUUGACCUAUUAUAUGUCU